UGCAUUGUUCAGCAAGCCGGCAGCCUGCAGCUCUCCCAUGGGCCUAGGCGCCUACAGAGAUUCCGUGAAAGGCUCUGGAUUUGCAGCUCUCCCCGCCCCCACAGUCCUUAGGGAACAGGGGCUGGGCGGCUGCACCUCCGCCGAAUCCUCCCGAGUGGCGUCAUCACAGAUGAUCCGGCUUUACUGUAUACCCCACAGGUGUCUCCACGCGGGGACCGACAUCUUGCUAGAGGAGCGAGUUCCUUUCCUCAUAAGGAAGGAGGGUAGCGCGGAGGGCAGCAGUCCGGCGGGCAGCCCUCCGAGUGGCUGGCUCUGUGGCGCUGGCCGGACUUGCAGCAGCCCCUGGACGGCCGCGGGAGAGGCGCUUCCCUGGAGUUCUUGGGUCAGAGGCGGGAGCUUGCGGGACCGCCUCUCCCCAGCGGAAGGAGCAAGGAAGACUCUGAUACUCCCAGGCACGCAGCCCCGUUCCAAACUGCGCGUAUUCCAGUUGUUACCCCUCAAGGCUUUGGCAAGUGCUGACCGGUCUGUUUUCCACGUUAUUUUCCGUUCCCGUCACCGUUUGCGCCAAAGCAACUGGGGCCCGACUCGCACGGAAACCAGUAGGUUCCCACCCGCCGUUCCCAAGUCCCCCUCUCCCUGCCCCUUCAAGCCUUUGCCAAGGUCUUGAGUGUCCCACUCCUCCCCUGGGCGGAGCCGACGGCUCAGAACCCGGAUUCUCUGCCCCGCCCCUCCCCCAAGAUUUAGCCCCCACCCCCUCAGGGGAGCGGUGUAGAGCAAGUGUGGGGGAGGAGCAAGCGAGCGUCCUUUGCAGCAGGGGCGCUGUGGGGUGAAUGGGGCCGCCGUGGACAGAUGGCGGUGCGUCGUGCCUUUCUUUCUGGCGAGCGGCCUCAGCCAGGGGUGAUCGGUUCAGCUGCCUACCGCAUCCCAUGAGGACCCCCGUCCCUGCAGGAACACCUACACUGUGCAGAGGGGAAAGGCCCGCAGCAGCGCUAACAGCUCAUCCCAGAGAGAAGACAGGUGACUUCCCAAGCCAGCAUCUCAUCCAGCUCGAGGACACAGGAGCAGGCCUGGGUGGGAAGCUGGACAUUGUGGGAGCAGCACGAAGUGCACAUCAGCCCAUCCAAGAGAGAGAGGACGGGCAGACUUCCCAAGUCAGCAUGUCUUCCAGAUCAAGGCACAGGAGGAGGCCCAGGAAGAGUCUCUUCAUGCCGUGGCAACAACAGAGGUCCUGCGGUGUCAGCAGCCCUCAGGAAGGAGACAGUGCUGAGGAAGAGUCUGUUCAUACUGUGACCUCAGCAGAGGCCCUGCGGUGUCAGCAGCCACAUGGGGCAAUUGUUCACUCUGCCUGGUGGAAGAGGCUUCUCAAUGAGGUGGGCCUCCAAGUAAAAGUCAGCCUAUCCCAGAGAGAAGACAGUAGAGACUUCCCAAACCAGCAUUUCAUCCCGCUCAAAGACACAGAAGCUGGCCUGGUCCAAGGUCGUCACUCCCUAUGCUCAUUCCAGAGAGAGGACAGUGGAGACUUCCCAAACCGGCAUCUCAUCUCGCUCAGAGACACAGAAGCUGGCCUCGGUGACCUGAUCAGCAUGGCGGCCAUCCCAGGAGGACCCAGUCCCCGCAGGAGCACAGAUGCAGGCCAGCGGGGAACGGCGGUCAUCAGUGUGACAGCCCAUCCUGGAGAAAAGACAGUAGAGACUUCCCAAACUGGCAUCUCAUCCCACUCAAACUCCAUCUCAACCCACAGGAGCUGGCCUGGCCCAUUCCAGAGAGAGGACAGUGGAGACUUCCCAAAUGACCUGAUCAGCAUGGCGGCCAUCCCAGGAGGACCCAGCCCCCGCAGGAGCACAGAUGCAGGCCAGCGGGGAACGGCGGUCAUCAGUGUGACAGGUGACCUGAUCAGCAUGGCGGCCAUCCCAGGAGGACCCAGUCCCCGCAGGAGCACAGAUGCAGGCCAGCCGGGAACGGCGCUCAUCAGUGUGACAGCCCACCCUGGAGAAAAGACAGUAGAGAUUUCCCAAACUGGCAUCUCAUCCCACUCAAACUCCAUCUCAACCCACAGGAGCUGGCCUGGCCCAUCCCAGAGAGAGGACAGUGGAGGCUUCCCAAACCGGCAUCUCAUCCUGCCCAAAGACACAGGAGCUGGCCUGGCCCAUCCCAGAGAGAGGAUAGUGGAGGCUUCCCAAACCGGCAUCUCAUCCUGCCCAAAGACACAGGAGCUGGCCUGGCCCAUCCUGGAGAAAAGACAGUGGAGACUUCCCAAACUGGCAUCUCAUCCCACUCAAACUCCAUCUCAACCCACAGGAGCUGCCCUGGGUGACCUGAUCAGCAUGGCGGCCAUUCCGGGAGGACCCAGCCACCGCAGGAGCACAGAUGCAGGCCAGCGGGGAACGGCGGUCAUCAGUGUGACAGGUGACCUGAUCAGCAUGGCGGCCAUCCCAGGAGGACCCAGUCCCUACAGGAGCACAGAUGCAGGCCAGCGGGGAACGGCGGUCAUCAGUGUGACAGGUGACCUGAUCAGCAUGGCGGCCAUCCCAGGAGGACCCAGUCCCCGCAGGAGCACAGAUGCAGGCCAGCGGGGAACGGCGGUCAUCAGUGUGACAGGUGACCUGAUCAGCAUGUCGGCCAUCCCAGGAGGACCCAGCCCCCGCAGGAACACAGAUGCAGGCCAGCGGGGAACGGCGGUCAUCAGUGUGACAGGUGACCUGAUCAGCAUGGCGGCCAUCCCGGGAGGACCCAGCCCCCGCAGGAGCACAGAUGCAGGCCAGCGGGGAACGGCGCUCAUCAGUGUGACAGGUGACCUGAUCAGCAUGGCGGCCAUCCCAGGAGGACCCCGUCCCCGCAGGAGCACAGAUGCAGGCCAGCUGGGAACGGCGCUCAUCAGUGUGACAGGUGACCUGAUCAGCAUGGCGGCCAUCCCAGGAGGACCCCGUCCCCGCAGGAGCACAGAUGCAGGCCAGCCGGGAACGGCGGUCAUCAGUGUGACAGGAAGAGUCUCUUCAUGCCGUGACAGCAGCAGAGGUCCUGCGGUGUCAGCAGCCCUCAGGAAGGAGACAGUGCUGAGAUGGCAUCACCCAUCAGGCAUGUCUGCCAAGGCCAGGAGCAAGGUGCAUUCUCCUAGGACACAACCCUUCCUUGGAAACCACAACACUCCCAAAGACCAAGUGUGGAGGUCAUGGCAGUGAGUGCGGCGAUUUCAGGGUGCUCCCUUGUCCUGAGCAACACUUGGACAGCUGCACAUGUAUAAUGCAGACAACACUGGACAUAUCCUACACACAUAUAGCACAUAGAGAGACAUGAACUUAUAUUUGCCCACUCCUUUGUAUAAAUUGAAGAGGUUUCCCCAAAGGAAGAACCAAGUCUUACACUCAGAAACUAGGGAACAGAGCUUUGCCAAAUUGUUUCCAAGUGUGAGUGCAUUCACGAAACAGACCUGGGUCCUUGCUCUGGAGAAUCGUAUCCAUCCAGACAUCUCCAUCCGGGGUACUGCCCUCUUUUUAAGUGAGAACAUGAGGGGAAUGCUGUCCCUUGGACUUGUGACUCAGCCUUUCUCUCAGUGCUCUAGAGGAAAGCGAAAUGCACCUAGCUGAUGCUGCCCUGUCUUGCUCUAGUCUCCAGUAAUCUGGAAGUUCUCCAUCUCCUACAACAGGCUGGCCUUCUGCCUUCUGCCUUUCCUAGGCUUGGCUUGACUUGGCUUGAUACGGGGUUUGCCAUUCGGGCAUCAGUCUGAGUUUCUUAUAACCCUGAGUCCCUUGAGGCAGGGUCCUGCCUGCAGACCUGUUUUUGAUCCAAGGGAAAGGAUCAAGUGGUCAUGUGCCCUGCAGUAUUUGGCUCCUGGUUAGCAAACACGACAGCCUCCUGAGUCAGGCAGGCUUGGACACCCAGGACUAAUCCAUGAGCAAGGCUGGUCCAAUGCUGACAAAGUAAUAGUGGAAAUGCUUGGUGGGUGCCCCAAAUUCACCUAUCCUCAUGUCUCCUGGAAGCCACACUGAAAAAGAUUACACUUGAUGCACUUUUGCCCCAGAAAUGUCAACUGCCUUAGCCUCUGGCCCUGACGUCCUCCCUUUGCAGAUGAAAAAACACCAAGGAAGGCUCAAAACCACGUGAGCAGUAGCACUGGGGCUUACUGUGUUGGGUGCUUGGCAAAGUGCUGUGUUCCCCUCAGGCUGUGUGUGGGGAAUAUCCAUUUCUGGGAAACCAUCCUUAGGAAUAGGAAUAGAUGGAUUUGUGACACCAUCGCCUUAUGGUUUUUUGGGUUUUUUUUGUUUGUUUGUUUUUUGUUUUUUGGACAAGCAGAGUUAGUGAGAGAGAGAAAGGUCUUCCUUCUGUUGGUUCACCCCCCCCCAAAUGGCCGCUACAGCUGGUGCACUGCGCCAAUCGGAAGCCAGGUGCUUCCUCCUGGUCUCCCAUGUGGGUGCAGGGCCGAAGCACUUGGGCCAUCCUCCACUGCCUUCCCGGGCCACAGCAGAAAGCUGGCCUGGAAGAAGGGCAACCGGGACAGAACUGGCGCCCCAACUGGGAUUAGAACCCUGAGUGCCAGCGCCGCAGGUGGAGGAUUAGCCUAGUGAGCCGUGGCGCCGGCCUCUCCAUUACUUCUAAAGGAUAGAUUAGCUGGUCAUAAAAUUCUUUUUUGGAAGUCUUUUUUUCUUUCAAGAUCUUCUUGUGACUUGUAGGGUUUCUGCUGAGAAGGCUUCUGUUAGUCUGAUGGGUUUUCCUUUAUAUGUAACUAGACCUUUUUCUCACACUCUCUAGGAUUCUCUUUGUCCUUAAAAUCUUAAAAAAAAUUUUUUUUGAGAGUCAGAGCCAUAGACAGUGAAAAGGAGAGACAGAAAGGUCUUCCAUCCGCUGGUUCACUCCCCAAAUGGCUGCAAUGGCCUGAGCUGCACCGAUCCGAAGCCAGGAGCUUUCUCUGGUCUCCCAAACAGGUGCAGGGGCCCAAGGACUUGGGCCAUCUUCCACUGCUUUCUCAGGGCAUAGCAGAGAGCUGAAUUGGAGGAGCAGCCAGGACUGGAACUGGCAUCCAUAUGGGAUGCUGGUGCCGCAGGCGGAGGAUUAACCCACUGCGCCACAGCAGCAGCCCCUGUCCUUAACUUUUGACAAUUUGACUACCCUAUGCCUUGAACACUGUCUUUAGGGGUUGAGUCUGUUUGGGGUCCUUUAAGCUUCCUGUAUCUGGAUAUCCAUAUCUCUUUCAAGCUUGAGAAGUUUUCAACUUUUUUUUUCAAUUCAGUAGGUUCUCAAUGCUUUUUUCCUUGUCUUCUCCUUCAGGUAUCCCUAUAUUAGCAAUAUCCCUAUAUUAGCAAUAUUUGUUUACUUAAUGGUAUCCCAUAUGUUAUAGUUAUUUCAAAUGUCUUGUCCUCCAGAUCCAAAGGUCUUCUUUUAUUGGUCUGUUCUGUUGAAGCACGUGACUGUAAUUUUUUUCAUUGAUUAAUUUCUAUCUGUACGCUCCUGGAUGUCAUUGAGUUUCCUUAGAAUCAUUAUUUUGAAGUCUUUUUCAGAUAUUUAAUAAAUAUCCUUCACAUCA